AGAAUACAAAAAUCUUGUGGUGUUAACUUUAGAAACUUGUGUUUUAAAUUAGUUUUUACUUUUCUUUGUUAUUUAGGCAGAGAUUCAACUGGUUCAGUCAAUAGGAGUGGAUCCAAGCAGAAUCAUCUAUGCCAACCCCUGCAAGCAAGUUUCUCACAUCAAGUAUGCAUCUGCCCAUCGGGUCGAAAUAAUGACCUUUGACAGCGAGGCAGAACUCAUGAAAGUGGCCUGUUGCCAUGACAAUGCUAAAUCACGGCUGUUAUCAAUUAUGCCCUGGACAAGUAUUUCCCUGCUGACUCUGGUGUUAAGAUCAUCGCUGAGCCAGGACACUUUUAGGCAUCUUCUGCUUUCACACUGGUUGUUAACAUCAUUGCCAAGAAGGUCAUCAUGGAUUCAACCUCUGAUGAAGCCAAAGCCAGAUGAGAUCAUGUACCCCUGCAGUAUCUGGGGCCCAACUUGUGAUGGUCUUGAUCGCAUUGUUGAGCAGUGUAACCUGCCUGACAUGCAAGUGGGCGACUGGCUGGUCUUUGAAAACAUGGGUGCCUACACCGUGGUUACCUCCUCCACCUUCAAUGGUUUCCAAAGACCUGGCAUUCACUAUGUCAUGUCCCGUCCUGCUUGGCAACACAUGCAGCAGAUUUGUUUGCAGGGGAUGCCAGCUCCUGCAGAGGAGUUUCACCUGUUUGAAGUAUCAACCUAGAGAGCAGCUUAUGAUGCACCUAAGUUACAUUCCUGGCUAGUAACUCACAAGGAGGUUAACUAUUAAAACACAGGGAAUCGAACAGCA